AGCGCACACCACCGCUAGAAACACCUUCAUUCCCUGCUGAAUCAUGGCAUGAUAAAUCCCACUAGGAACCAACCCCAUUUGCCCAUUUCUCCCUGGCUUUCACCCUUUUUUCUUCCUUUCUUUCUUUACAUUAUAUAACUUUUCUUGCAAUCUAAGCUUUGUUCAAGCUUAUAACUCUCAAAACCUGGUUCAUAAAUCUGAUCAAACUCUGCCCACACCCCAAAAGAAACCCUUGGAAGAAAUGACAUCUGUCUGCAUUUCUAGUUGUUUGAAUGAUGCUAGAGACCCCCGGGUGCCUGUCAGGGCAACCUACGUGAAUCUUUACAAGUGGCCAGAGUCGGAUGCAGAGUUUGUGAGGUCAAGGAGCUCAGGCAUGCAUGGCCAUCCUAGGGUUGUUGACAGUAUCUCCUGCAGGCAGAUGUAUUUAAGGAGCUAUAGGUUCUCCAGGAAAGAAACCGUGCCUGAAAAGACUGUGAAAUGCUUUGGGAGAGUUAAGGACAAGGUGGCUCAUGGGAAGAGGAGGAACAGCAGCCAAAAGAGACGUAUUAGGAGAAAGUGUUUGGUAUGGAGGAAAGUGAAGGUUGUAUUGUUCAGGUUUUUCAAUAGGUUGCUGUCUUGCUCUGCUAGUGUAGAAGUUGUGGAUCAAAGCAAUGCUUUCUUCUGAAACUUUUUUGGGGUGAUUAUUUGAUUUUUGUUCUUUUAGCCAUGUUUGAAGCGAAAGGGUUUUGGGUGUAAUUAACUUGUUUUUGCUAAGUUGUGGAAAUGUGAAAUGUCUUAGUCCAGAGAGAGUAGGAACUUAUGUCUUUGUACACUAAAAGUGCUGCAAGAAUUGUCUGAUAUUCUUUCAUCUGAAUAUUUUUAUUUCAUCAAUUCAUCCUUAUUCUCUCUCCA